AUGGAACAUGAAACGGCGGUGUUUGAGAAUCCACCAAAAAUUGAAUUUAUUGAAAUAAAGAAGGAGCCAGAAGUAGAUACUGAAUUAUUUCGAUACGAUGAAGACGCAAACACACAAUGUUAUGUUCCAAAGCCAUUUUUAGGUAUGGAAAGCCAACCCGCCAACUCCAUCAACUCGGCGGAUCGUCCAUCGCAUGCUACUAUACGCGGUACGACACAGAGAUCAAACACCGUGCCAUGCUCAGCUUCUGCAAAUGGAGAUGGCGGCAAGCAAAGACACAGAUUUGGUUCAAACGAUCUGACAGAAUAUGCUCUCUCAAUGGAUUGUAUAAUGGACAUUCCAGGAGGAGAUGUCCUAAAGAUUCGGUCUUUCGAGUAUUACAUAUUGUACAAUAGUCUGUUUGGUCAACCCUGUAUGAAAUAUUGUUUAGGAAGAUUUUGAGACUACAUUUAUUGUGGAGCUUAAGUUGGAUUAUAAAUCGUUUUAUACAUAACGGUAUACUUGGGGAUUUAGCGUACUCUGUAGACUCUGAUAGCCAUUUAGCGCGUCAAAAAGUUCUUGUAUUGAUAUAUGCUGAUCCAGAUAUGGAUGUAAAACAUCUAAAAAGCUAAAGGCAACAUUGGGGGUAGGUUUAUACAUUAUUUUAUAGUAGUCAAUCCAUGUUUGGAGUGCAUAUUUCAGUAAAACAAUUCCUUUGGACUUGUCACUCUGUAUAAGUCAUUAUUUAUAAUUCAUUUUAUAAUUUUGCUUUGUAUUUUUUUUGUAAUUAUCAGGUUUUAUUGAUUUUGAUAUAAUAUACUUUUUGUGAGUAAUGAUCGUACACGUUUUGAAGGGGCAUUCAAGUUAGAGGUAUAAUGGUACAACUUAAUGGGAAAAUAUUGUUCUAAAACUUGUUUAUAGAGCAAUGAAAAAUGAUUACUUAAAGGUUCAUCUUCGAAUACAUGGUCCUUAAACACAUUUCCGAAUCCAAGAGGUAAAUUUUGCAAUGUAUAAUUUGUUAAUAUUUGUAAAACUCUUCGUCAUAUUUUUUUGCCAACUUCUAAUCUUUCCUUAUAUAACCUAAAGCAAUGUUCUCCAUAUUUACACACAUUUAUUACAAAAGCGGAGGCUUUAACUAAUUUUCCAUACGUUUUUCUUAUUUGUAAUUUCGAUAUAGACUCUCCUGAAGUUUCUAACAAAUCUAAACAACUCUGGCAUUUUAUAGACUUUUUUAGCCUCUUCACAACAAAACCGGCAACAUAUGCAACAACAUCUUCCAGAUACAGUGUAAGCUGCCAAGGACUUAUUCGAAGAAAGUUUUUAAAUUGUAUAAAAUCUUCAUCUUCGUCUAUACUGUUUGAUGAUGAGGUCAUAUCCUCACUAAUUUUGAUCUCUAAAGAUGAUGA